AUGACUAUGGAACUGCACAGGCACACAGAACAGUACGAGGGAUGUCAAAGCUUGGCUGGAGCUGAAACUAGCAAGGGGUGUGAAGGCAGCAAGAAGGGUUUCCGCAAGCGGGACAUCAGUAAAAGAACGAUGAAAGAAGAAUGUGGGCCUACUGCUGAAUGGAAGGAAGCAGACAGAGCCAAGACUGCUUUGCGUGAGGCCACAGAGAACAGCCUUGGGGAGCAGCUGCAGAUCCUGACAGAGCCUCGUACCAUAGAUUAUCCAUAUUAUUCAGACUAUGCUUCUCUAAUCAUGCAACCUUGUUCUAAGUUGGAAGUCAGGAACUUCACAAAAGCAUUUCUGCCAGUUGCAUAUUCAUUGAUUUGUAUCAUCGGCCUAGUCGGCAACAUCUUUGUAGUGAUGACCUUUACUUUAUAUGAAAGAACCAAGUCCAUGACGGAUGUGUACCUCCUCAACAUGGCGAUAGCAGACAUACUGUUCGUUCUCACUCUCCCACUGUGGGCAGUGAAUUAUGCUGCUGACAAAUGGAUUUUCGGUGAUUUCAUUUGCAAAAUGACCAGAGGUAUCUAUGCAAUCAACUUCAGCUGCGGCAUGCUGCUUUUGGCCUUUAUCAGUGUGGACCGGUACAUUGCUAUCGUGCAAGCAACAAAGUCAUUUAAACUCAGGGCAAGAACGCUCGCAUAUAGUAAAGUCAUUUGUUUGGUCGUGUGGGUAUCAUCAAUUUUAAUCUCUAGUUCCUCUUUUCUAUACAGUGAAAGUUACAGCUUCUCUACCAAUGAAACCAAAGAAAUUUGUGACCAAAGAUUUGACAGAAUCUCUGACAGCACAAUGCUGAAAUCACUGCUGCUGUGUAUACAAGUUGGAUUUGGAUUUUUUAUACCUUUCAUAUUCAUGGUUUUUUGCUAUGCAUUCAUUGUCAAAUCCUUACAACAAGCUCAGAAUUCCAAAAGAAACAAAGCAAUCCGUGUGAUCAUAUUAAUUGUAGCUAUUUUCCUAGUUUGCCAGGUACCUUAUAACAUUGUUCUUCUUGUAACAGCUGUAAAUAUGGGCAAGAUAGACAAAUCUUGUGACAAUGACAAGAUAAUGGCCUAUGCAAAAUACACCACUGAAGCCAUAGCAUUUUUACACUGUUGUGUGAACCCUGUGCUCUAUGCAUUUAUUGGAGUGAAGUUCAGAAGUCAUUUUGUGAAGAUAAUGAAGGACCUAUGGUGCAUGAGAUACAAGAAAUACAAUAAACGCAGUUCAAGGACAAAUUCUGAUAUUUAUCAUUCAAGACAAACUAGUGAAAUUCUGACUGACAAUGCAUCUUCUUUUACUCUAUAA